CCUCUCGCGACCGAGCGACGCCGUCCACCGAGAUCACGCGCACAUGAUCGAGGUCGUGCUGAACGAUCGUCUCGGGAAGAAGAUCCGCGUCAAGUGCAACGAGGACGACACGAUCGGCGACCUGAAGAAGCUCGUCGCCGCGCAGACGGGGACGCGCCCGGAGAAGCUCAGGAUACAAAAGUGGUACAACAUCUACAAGGAUCACAUCACGCUGGAGGACUACGAGAUCCACGACGGCAUGGGGUUAGAGCUCUACUACAACUAGCGAAGACUAGCGAAGACGAGCGAAGACUACGAGACUCGCGCAUCAGACCGCGGCGCCGCCGACGGGCGCGACGCGAUGGCGAACAAGCAGAGAGGCGGGUGGUCGCGCGCGACGAAACGGCGCGCGCUGCUCUUCGUCCUCGCGCUCGCGGCGUUCCUCGCGUUCGGUCGUCGGUCCGCGACCGGCGGCGGCGAAGUCCUCGAGGAACGACGCGAGACGAAAAACGAAAGACGCGCGACGCUCGAGGAAAACGACGGUCGCGCGGAAAAUGAUGGUCUCGUGGCCGACGCCCGCGGGGGAGAUGGGUCCGUCGCCGUCGCCGCGGCGCCCGCGACGUUGGUCUUGAUCAUCGGUCAACCGCGCGGCGGCGACAUCGCGUGGAAGUCGUUCGAAACGCACGUGUACCGACGGUUCAACGCGACGGUGGCGACGGUGUUUCCGUGCGCGAAAAAAACCGCCGCCGCCUCGCCGAAGACUCGCAUCGAACGCCUCGCGACGUACGACUGGUGCUUCGACGAACCGGACGACUGGUCGGUGCACAUAGACGCCGUCGACUGCUCGCGGACGAUCGACCCGGCGACGUCGCGGCCGUACAAUAAAUCCGUCGCGAACAACUGGAGAGAGUUUUAUUGCGACGCGACGAAGGAGCCGUCGCUCGCGUUGUUGGGGGGAUUGCACGACUGCAUCCUCGGGAAUCCGAGGUACGCGUGCCGCGAUGCCACGAGCGGCGGCGGCGGACGGAAUAAGAAGGUA